UAAGAGCUCCAGGGGCCGAACGGGUAUAAAAGAGCAGACGCCUCCAGAGGCAGACACACACGGUGACCCACCAGACUACAGUGAAGACCUCGUGUUCGCAACUCCACAUCUCCUCAUCAUGAAGGCCGUGUUUGCUGUGGUGAUCCUGGGCGUGGUGGCCGCUGCCAGCGCCGCCACGGUGCCAGCCAGCACCAGCGUCUACCAGCAGCCGCAGUACCAACCAGUGCAGUACCAGGCCGUGGUGCAGCCCCAGCAGGUGGUGGGUGGCCGCGUCGUGCCGGCGGUAUACCCAGGCAGCGUGGCAUCGAACGUCUACACCUCAGGAGUGGUCCCCAGCGUCUACUCCUCCGGAAUCGUUCGCAACGUCUACCCAGCCAAUGUGGCCCCCGUUGUAGGAGGAGCCUACCCUUACUACCCCACCGUCUGAGCUGAAGCUUCCAGUUCGCUGAUUAUCUGAUCACUUCUAUGACGAAUUCUAGCUGUUCCAUGUAUGACUGUGCAAAUCCAAAUAUGGUGAAUAAAGUUUUGUCUGUGCCAUUGUAA